UUGAAGAAUAAGUAAGUUCAGUUUCACUUUCAAUUUUAAGUCAUCGAGUAAAGACAUUGUUUGCAAGCUCUUUGUCCAGGAAAGUCUCAGGCUCUUUUCCCAUUAUAUUCUACACAAACUUCUGUUUAUUCAAAGAUGCGCAGCCAGCGAACUAUAUCAGGCCUAAUCUUAACCUUUUUCAUGGUAUUGAUUCUGGUCUAUGGGCUUCCAGCCGGCAGUCAAAAUGAAUCGGUCGACACUGCCUCGAGAUACUGCGGCCUUGACCUGAUGAGAGUGCUUAACACCCUUUGCUUUCAAAAUCAACACGAUGCUACAGGAGCUACAUUCGGACAGAAUGAAGAGACCAGCCACGAGAGCACUUCAAAACGAAGAGAUACUUUGGAAGAAUGCUGCCGCCACGGUUGCACGGCCGCAAAAAUAGCGUCAUACUGUCCUGCCUGACUAUCAUUGCGCGCGUCAGACUGACCUGAUUAGUGAUUUAAGUAUAAAUCAUUUUUAAGAAUCAUUCAUAAAAAAAAAGGGACAAAGUUCAAAAGGCUCUGUUUAUUUAUCGAUGAGGUAUACAAAUUUUGUGCACGAGCCGAUUGCGGAAAAUUAGUGGCAGUUACAACAGUGCCCCCACAGGGAAGGGGGUUACCGGGACUCCAGUCCCAGGGCCCGACAGGCCCCUCUGAAGCAUACAACUUUCGUGCCAUAUUAUCAAUGUUAUGGGAAAAAAUGAAAUGUCUUCUUUUGGCCUCUCACUAUUUUUAAAUUCUAUCCUUCCAUUCAGUCAGGAGAUCCUGAAAACUUUCAAAAAUUUGGACUUGCAGUCUCUCUUAUGCAAAUUAAUUCAAUUUAUUCGAGAGUUCGUUUUCAAGAGGGGUAAAUGUUUUGAUUGCUAUCUCACAAUCGAGUGCAUAUAGGAAGACUCUCAUCCAUUGCUAAAACUCUGUACCCAUCUACUUUCAGUGCACAUUUUAAAUCAUCCCCUCAUUUAAGAUCCCCUCCGUAAAAUGAAGAACGAUUUAAUCAGCCAAAACAUACAAUAAAAUAACAGAUUUAUCUAGGGAAAGGCCGCAAACAAAUUCCCUGCCUUGUAAUCAGUUUCGGUCUCGCAAUGACAGCGAAUCGACGACUCCUUUUUAUUCCUUUUUUAUAGAGUAAUUUUUUCACAUGUUAAAAUUGUUGUUUAAAUUGGGGUUUUUAAAAAAAAAUCCUUAGAUAUCAUUAUUGUAAUGUAAAUAAAUCAAUCUUCUCGCACACGAA